AUGUUAAAGAGUAUAAGAUUAUUAUCAUCAGUGUUAAAAUCAUCAUCACCAACAUCGAAAUCAUCAUAUUUAUUCAAUAAUAAAUCAACUUUUGCAUCAGUAAUCAGUAGAACAAUGUCAACUACUACUGCAGUCAAUCCCAAUCUAUUUGUCAGUCCACAAUGGUUGAAUGAUAAUCUCUCGAGUGUAAAGGUGGUCGAUGCAUCAUGGUGGAUGCCACACGAGAAGCGUGAUAUCCGUGCUGACUACCAAGCUGCUCACAUCGAUGGAGCUGUGCUCUUUGAUAUCGAUGAAAUCUGUGACAAGUCUGUCAAUCUACCACACAACUUGCCAACACCCGCUGUCUUUGAGAAGGCAGUUGGCGAGCGUCUCGGUAUCUCUGAGCAAGACCACGUAGUGAUCUACGACUGUCGCGGAACCUACGUUGCAUCGGCACGUGUCUGGUGGACAUUUUUGAUUUUCGGUCACAACCCAGCCAAAGUCUCCAUUCUCAGAGGUGGACUUCCAGCUUGGACACGCGCCAAUCUUCCAACCGUUGCCGGCGCAAUCAAAGAUACCGACAAACCAACCACCUACAAAUCAACAUUCAAUGGCUCGCUCGUCAAGAACCGUGAGGAUCUCGAGAAGAACAUUGUCGAUAAACACUAUCAGGUGGUAGAUGCUCGUGUUGCCGAUCGUUUCUAUGGCCGUGUCGACGAGCCACGUCCAGGAUUACACCGUGGUCAUAUCCCAGGUGCUUUCAACGUACCAUGGGUUGAGAUUGUCAACAGUGCCGAAGGAGGAUAUCAAAACAAGGAGCGUGUACUCGAACUCUUCAAGAACAACGGUAUCAACGUAGAACAACCAAUUCUCACAACCUGCGGAUCCGGUACCACCGCUGCCGUACUCACACUCGGACUUCACUCAUUCGGAUAUCCAAUCGCACCAAUCUACGACGGUUCUUGGUCAGAAUGGGGACAACCACAACUUAACUUACCAGUUGAACCAAUCCCACAACCAAAGAAUUAA